CAGGGUCACCGCGCCCAUCUCUGCUGUCUGAUGGCUGGAGCGAGCGCCUGACGGAGCGAGCGCAGGAGAACGACGAGCGUGGGACCUACCAGAAAGGCUAAUUCGGACCGAGCGUCGUGUUGACCACAUUUACCACGAGGCAUCUGCGUGAAGCUCGCGUUAUUUGGGCCAGAAUCAGCGCGGUUGCAGUCGUCGCGGCUGCGGUUCGGGGAGUGCCGCUCUCCGCUGACUGACUGACGGACUGUCUGCAGGUCGGGCAGCUGUGGAGCUCUCCUCGCUGUUUACAGUAAAUGAUAGAUACACAACGAACUGUCCCGACAGAACACAGAUCAGUGCGAGCGCCAGUGAGCGGACGGAGUGAAGCCCAUCGUCUAGCAGAAGAAAAUGAGCGAACUCGACCAGUUACGUCAGGAGGCUGAACAGCUGAAAAACCAGAUCAGAGAUGCACGGAAAGCAUGUGCGGAUGCCACCCUCUCUCAGAUCACAGCCAAUAUUGAGCCUGUGGGGCGGAUUCAGAUGCGCACUAGACGGACGCUGAGGGGACACUUGGCCAAGAUCUACGCCAUGCAUUGGGGCACUGACUCAAGGCUUCUUGUUAGUGCUUCCCAGGAUGGAAAGCUAAUUAUCUGGGACAGCUAUACUACAAACAAGGUGCACGCUAUCCCGCUGCGCUCCUCGUGGGUGAUGACCUGCGCCUAUGCGCCGUCUGGAAACUAUGUGGCCUGUGGAGGCUUGGAUAACAUUUGCUCCAUCUACAACCUGAAGACCCGUGAGGGGAACGUGCGCGUCAGCCGCGAGCUGGCCGGACACACCGGCUAUCUGUCCUGCUGCCGCUUCCUGGACGAUAACCAGAUUGUCACUAGCUCCGGCGACACCACCUGUGCUCUGUGGGAUAUCGAGACGGGGCAGCAGACGACUACGUUCGCGGGUCACACCGGUGACGUCAUGUCGCUGUCUCUGGCUCCGGACACUCGUCUGUUCGUGUCGGGCGCCUGUGACGCCUCCGCUAAGCUCUGGGACGUCAGAGAAGGCAUGUGCAGGCAAACCUUCACCGGCCACGAGUCCGACAUCAACGCCAUCUGUUUCUUCCCUAAUGGAAAUGCGUUCGCCACGGGCUCGGACGACGCCACCUGCAGGCUGUUUGACCUGCGUGCCGAUCAGGAGCUGAUGGUUUAUUCUCACGACAACAUCAUCUGUGGGAUCACCUCCGUGGCCUUCUCCAAAAGCGGACGCCUGCUGCUCGCCGGCUACGACGAUUUCAACUGUAACGUGUGGGAUGCUCUUAAAGCCGACCGCGCAGGAGUUUUGGCGGGUCAUGAUAACCGUGUCAGCUGCUUGGGUGUCACUGAUGACGGGAUGGCUGUGGCUACAGGCUCCUGGGAUAGUUUCCUUAAGAUCUGGAAUUAAAGCCGUAAGAUCGCAUCCGGACUCUAAGGUUGACUGGAAGAUCAUUCCAAAAUGAAAACGUUCGAUUUUAUUCCCCUCUCUCCUUCUCAAACACAACAGAACUGACCCCCAACAUCUAUAAACGACAAAAGAGCAAAAAGUUUUCUUUUGGGAAAAAAAAAAAGAGCACAAUUGUUACACUCAGCUAGAUUGUAGUUGGUAAGUGGAUAAAAGUUGAUAAUUGUGCAUCCUUCUGGGACCAUUUUCUGAUACUGUACUGAGAGAACACAAGACACUCAUUCCACUGCUAAUGUCAUUAUGCUAAUGUCAUCUAUCUUUAACGUCAAAACAGGUGGUUUUUCUAAAAGAAACUAGCUCGAUAGCUUUAUGGGCCUUCUUUGGACCUCUCCUCCCGGUCAGGAUCGCAGGCUUGCUUUUGUCUCCUAGUUUUUAAAUGUUUGGGAUCGAAUCUUAGGUAGGAAUGAAAAGAAAGGCGACACUCUGAAAGCGGUGUGUCUCCGAGCUCAAGGAUUUGAUCAGGGGUCCACUAGCUGCUAUCAGGCCUGUACAUUUAGUCCCAGGAAAUUUGAUUAUUAAUGUUCUUCUUUUUUCUUUUCUUUUUUUUUUUUUUGUCUAGUUGCGAAUUUUUGUUUGCACAAGUAAAACAGUUUUGCAAAUACGUUAACUAACCGAGCACGUGCUGUUCACGACGACGAAGACGUUUAACCGUACUUCUCCUCAUGCUUUUUGGGAAAUGUAGAGUAAUUCAAUGAAGAUUAACCGAUCGUUUGAAUCAUUUUAUUUGAUAUUUUUCUUAUCUUUGAUGUGGAGGAUGUUGAAGGAGGGGUGGCUAGUUCUUCCUCUUUUUUUUCUUUCUUUUUCUCUCUUUUUUUUUUGGGUUUCAACAGAGGUGCCCGUUUUGUGCUUGGAAAACAGUUACUACUCUGUGAAUGACAUGUUGUAUAAAUCAAUGUUUGAAAAUAAUGAUAUUGAAAACUUUUUAAGUUAAAAAAAUCUUUAAAAAAAACUCUUCUUUUGGUCGUCUGCCAUGGGUGGGAAACUCGUAGAAUCGCAUGCUGUAGAAUUGCUUAAGAGGUGCAUAUGGAAAUAUAAGUCCUUGAUGUUUUUCUUUCUUUCUUUCUUUUUUGUUUGUUUUUUUCCUUUUUUUAAAUAACCUAUUAAAUAGAUCAUCACAGUAUUUAUUUUAUUUUUCUUUUGCUACUCUGUGCAUACACAAUUUAGUUGAACUUUCAAAGCUAUGCACUUAAGAGAAGCAAACGUGUUGAUCACAACAGCGAGUGGUGAGUUGUUCUGUCCCUUGAGACACACACACACACACACACACACACACACACACACUCAAAUAACUAGAACAAAGAAAUAUCUCUCUGUAGCAAAAGAAAAAUUUCAGAUACAAAGACAGUGCUAGAGACAUUUUGUAACAAACAGGUUUUUUUGUUCUUUUAAUAAAAAAAAGGAAAAAAAAUGACACAGCAUUUGAAUGGCAGAACUUUUCUGUUGUUCCCUCUCGACGUGUAUCAAGAAAAGCGCUCUUUCCUUAGCUGUAGUGGCAUUUCUUCCAUUCUGUUAUUUCUCUGCAACAUUCUGUAAAAAAAAACCCCAAAAACAAACAAAAAAAAAACAAACAAAACAAGAAAAAAGUGCUGUUGUUGUGCGUUAGGCCUGGAGUCGGCAAGAAAACCCCUAAAUGAACUAAAUGAGCUUUUCUUUCUCCCUCUCCUCGCCUCUCUCCAUACAAAUAACUUACAGCUCUGCGUUCCCACUGUACCCUUCUUCAUCUUUUGUAUUUAAUUUUAAAGUCAGUGUACAACAGAAAGCUGGAUGCAAGAUAGAAACUAUAUUAAAAUGUACUGUUAUUUAAGAUGUAAUAAAAAGCAGUUUGAGACGA